AUGACCAGCCACGAAGGAGGUCGACCCAAAGGAAAGAUUCCCAAAUACAGGACCUCCUGCGACAACUGCCAAACGGCCAAAGUCAAGUGCGGCCAUGAGAAGCCAUCAUGCCGUCGCUGCUCGGUGCACCGCGUGGAUUGCGUGUACAGCUUGUCGCGUCGGAUGGGCCGUCCAAGGGCCAAAAAGGUCGCCGCGAAUGACUCAAAUCAAGGGCAGCCAGCCACGUCUGAGCCUAACGAGGAUGGAACUGCAAAGGCUGCCUCUCCGAAGGAUGCGGCUGAAGACGCUGGGCCGCCACCGAUGCCCGUAGCCGAGACUCGCAUCGUGGAGGCUGAGCCUGGCGAGCCAUUGGCGUCUGAGACUGAGCAGAUACCGGAGAGUUGGGUGCCUUUAUUUGGUGAACUGGGACAGCUCAACGCAGCGGAAGCCAUGGAUGGCCUGGAGAACUCGGAACAGCAGGAAGAUGAUGCGAUGGAGUUUCUGUCAGGUGAGACUCCAAUGGAGCUUGGUGAUAUGGCUGCUGCAUUCGCCGGGAUGCCCUCAUUCUUGGACAGUCUGUCGGACUCCCUCGAUCCACAAGCCACAACAUCAGCGGUGCCUGCGGACUUGUUCGGACCUCAGGAGAUGGUGUCAUUUGGCCUGCCAGUUGCAACUUCCGGGGACGAGACAGUUGGUCUGUCCUCAACGCAGCAACACCAAGCAAGCUUGCCAUCAGAGCCAUGCACUUGCAAGCACUCCUCCGAGUCAUCUCGCCGCGAAUCGCGGUCCGCUCCAAGCGACAGAGACCAGUCAAGUCAGCUAUCAAGUCUUGCAUCAGCCUUGUUUUCAGAAGCGAGCUACUCUCCUCAUGAAGCGACCCCAUGCUCUCCGUCCAGUAUUUCGCACCCCAGCGAUGCGUCACCGAGCCUUCAACCCAGCUGUGACGGCGACUCCGUAUUGUCCUGGCGGAAAACGCAGGUCGUGCUGAGACAAGGACGCUGCAACUGCAUGGAUACAAUAACAGAGCGCAUCGCGAGUCUCAAGACAGAGCAGCAGAGCUCGUGUCUCAUGCCCAUGGACUGCGUAUUGAUGCUGGAGAAGGAAGUGCAGGAUUCGCUGUGUCUUUUGCACAAAUGCAAAAAUUGUCGGCUCGAUAGCUUCGUGCAUCUGCUGGCGCUUGUCAGUGUCCGCAUGAUGCUCGAUAUCCUGCAAAAGACUGCUCGCAGCGAGUUUGUCUCCAGGGCUAAAUCGUCAUCUGACGACUCUUACGAGGGCGUUUCCCUCUGCAUCGGGACGUAUACAGUUCCAUCUCGAGUACGAUGCAGGUUUCUCCGCAAGGCGUUACAGGCACGGUUUCAUAAGCUGGCAGGUUUGGUGGAAGAGCGAGAAAGGCUGUUGACUGGGAAGAAGCAGGAUAGUUUUUCAAAGUCGGCGUCUUUGCUUGCUGAUGGCGUGAUAUGUGAUCACUUUGAGCUCAUCUGUGGCAUCCCUCCCAUGACGACUGAGCAUGGAGAGAAUCAGGAGAGAGUACAUGUAGACGAGCAAGUUACAGCCAGACAACCACGACAAGUCUUUGAAGACGUCGCCAUGGAGUCGGGUUAUUUGCAUAACAUGACGGCUACCACCCUGUUUGGAUUCAAGGUACAGAGUGCUCUGGACAGGCCUUGUACUGCAGCGGCCGUCAGCAUCUUGAUCUCAAUUCUAUCAGUCGUAUUCUUUGACUGGCUGAAUUAUCAGCAGCAGCGGAGGAGGCUCGGCAAUAUCCCUAUUGUGGGCGACGCGCCGUAUCUUUGGAAGCGGUUGCGAUGGACGGAGAACGAGUCGAACCUGAAAGGCGUCUUCCAACGCGGAUAUGACACUUUCAGCAAGAAGCUCAAGCCUUGGGCGUACUGGGGCCAGCACGAUGAUUUUAUUCUGGUGCUGCCUCCGGGGACAUGCGACGAGGUGAAGAAUGCCGACCUGAGCCAGAUGAGCUUCCUCCAGGCGGUUGAAGAUAGUUAUCACUUUCGGCUUCAUACAAAUAUCCUGGGCCGGUCACAUGUCGACGCUGUUCGGCAGUCUGUGAACAAGAACAUGAACCAAGAGCCCUUUGCAGGAUUCCUCCAGAUAUGGCAUCUGGUUCAUUUAAUUGCCGCGUCUUUUCUGAUUGGCCCCCAUUUCUCUCGGAAUCCAGAGUACAUGGCCUACAUUGAGGACUACUGCCUCAAUGUGCCGCAUUUCGUUCACCUCUACUUUUGGGUCCCCGCUCCGCUGAGGAAGCUGUUCUGGUACUUGUCACCCUGGGGCUUCAGAGUCCGCAGAGUGAUUAAGCAUUUGAAAGCAUUCAUCAUUCCGGAGAUUAAGCAAACAAUUGCGGAUUGGCGAACAAAUGACCGUGAGCGCUCACAGGACAGAUACACGCUGCUUCGAGCGAUGCUCGAUCUGAAGGAAGAGAGAGGCCAGAUUGCACGCGAUGCCACGGCCAUGACCAAGGAAGAAGAAGAGAGACAAAUCAACAUCUUCUCUGACGAGGUGAUGUUCACGGCCUUUGACAGCGCAGGCCCGGUUGCCUGCCUCGUUACGCAGCUUCUGUUUGAGUCUAUCCAGAAUCCGAGCCUCACUGAAGGCUUGAGGGCUGAGAUUUCGAAGGCGCUUGCGGACAACGGCGGCGAAUGGUCUGUGCAAGUCAUGAGCUCUCUUCCGCGUCUCGAGAGCUUUACGCGGGAAACUCUCCGUGUGGAUGGCCCGACGCUAUUCAGCGUCACACGAUCCAUCCUCAAACCGUUUCAGCUCAAAUCUGGCCUUGUACUCCGACCCGGCAACAUCAUCUCUACACCUUCCUGGAUGAUUCACAAUGAUGAAGACAACUAUCCGAACGCAAAGGAGUUUAACCCGUAUCGAUUCUACGAUGAGGCGACCAAUACAGCCACUACAAAGGCCACGACGGCGAGUAACACGUUCCUGGCGUAUGGCUAUGGAUCGCAAAUCUGUCCCGGGCGGUAUCUGGGCGUGAGGAUGACGCAAAUUAUCUUUGCAAAGCUGCUGAUGCGGUACGAUGUGACGUUUGAGAGCGGGAGCAGGACGAAGCCGGAGAAUAUCGUGAUGCCGGGCCAGGUGCUUCCCUCGUACUAUUCCAAGAUUGUGCUGAAGUUGAGGGAGGGCGGAGAGAAUUAG